GUGGCAGUUCUCCCUUUAUUAGACUCUGCUGUCAGUGAGUGAGUAACUAGCUUGGAGCAAAUUCAACCAGCUGCAUUCACAAAACGGUCCAUAUAUGACGUCCAUGGGGCUGAUGGAGGUGGAGCGGCCGAGGCACCGACCUUUUCUGAUCGGGGUUAGCGGCGGGACUGCAAGUGGCAAGUCAACGGUAUGUGGCAAGAUCAUGGAAAUGUUGGGGCAGAACAAAGUGGACCAUCGUCAGCGGAAGGUGGCUAUAGUCAGCCAGGACAGUUUUUACCGGGUCCUGACUCCCGACCAGAAGGCCAAGGCGCUGAAGGGCCAAUAUAACUUUGACCACCCGGAUGCCUUUGACAACGAGUUGAUGUACCGGACCUUGAAAGACAUAGUCGAGGGGAGAGUGGUGGAGGUCCCUACGUAUGACUUUGUCACCCAUUCCAGGCUGCAGGAGAAAAUCACUGUUUACCCUGCGGACGUGGUUCUGUUUGAGGGGAUCCUGGUCUUCUACAUGCAGGAAGUGAGAGACAUGUUCCACAUGAAGCUGUUUGUGGAUACAGACUCUGACGUCAGGCUGUCACGCAGAGUAUUACGUGACAUGAAAAGAGGUCGAGACUUGGAGCAGAUCCUCACUCAGUAUACCACGUUUGUCAAGCCGGCUUUCGAAGAAUUCUGUCUGCCCACCAAGAAGUAUGCUGACGUCAUCAUUCCUCGAGGAGUUGACAACAUGGUGGCCAUCAACUUGAUCGUUCAGCACAUCCAGGACAUCCUGAACGGUGACAUCUGCAAGUGGCAGCGCGGGUCCCUUAACAGCCACGCCAGGGGCUUGAAGAGGGCCAUGUCCGAGCAGGGGGAGCUGGCCAACGGCAUCUCCAACCCCCCAGGGAAGAGAGCCCUACUGGAGCCCAGCAGCCGCCCGCACUGAGACAACUGUGUGUGUGUGUGUGUGUGUGUGUGUAGUUACUGACGAGGUCUAGCUCUAUUAGCGAGGUUGGUCGCUGACACAUCUGCAGAUGACAGAACCACUCGAGGCUCAACCGGCAGACGGGGUGCAUAGUGACACUAAUCUUCCUGAGGUCGUGUCUUCCAUUCUGAACAAGCUUCCAGCUUCGCUAGGAAGACCAAACUGCACCGUCUGUGCAAACUUUCACGGCAAAUAAAACCCAUUCGGAAGAGGUGGAUGCACAUGAUAGAAACUAUACGUUUUUUCCCCCCCAAAAGAUCAUAUAUGUGUUGAAUGAAUUUCGCUUUGUACUAUUUGUUUUAUAACCUGUGCGGUUCACUGUUGGUUAACUAUUUAUGAAGUUACUUCAAACUCUUUCAUGAAUUAACUUCUGGUUGCUUGAACAUUUAAUUCUGAAUGUAUUUGUGUAUAUAUAGAUAUAUAUAUCAGGCCAUGUACUCGCAUCACGUUUUAAUAUUUUGUGGGGAAUGUAAAAUAUGGUAGCAUCUGCAUUACCCUCAUGAUGUUAUGUAUAUUUAAAAGGUAAACUGAUGCCUUAAACUUUUUUUUUUUGUAUUCUUCCAAAAAAAUUAAACUGUAAUAAAUACUUAAUGCGUUAA